UCUCAUUCCUGCUCUCAAAUUUGGUGGUCACUGCAGGAAAAGCGUCGAACAGCUUUGUCCAAGGGCACUGAUGCUACGACGGCGAGCAGGGGCUAUUGUGCGCGAUCUUAACCGAAAAUCUUCUCUGCGAAAGUACUCACAAGACGUACCCCAAUACCAUCCAAAAGUCAGAGCCAUUCCAUUCGCGUUUUCAAAAGAGGCUGCUAUCAGACAUGUUGGUGUAGCAGCUUCUGCAGCCUGCUUAUUCCGCAAUUUCCUUGGGUCGCUCGGUGCAAAGUAUAUCGGUGGAGACUUUCAGCCAAUUCAACCCAUCCGCAUUCAACCUGUCUAUUUUCCUGCUUGGUUCUUGGACGCAGAACUUGAGUCGUACUUGAAUGAUGAGGAUGACGAGCGGCAGCGAAUUGUCACCGCGUAUUUUAAUAACUGGCUUGCUCUUCGAAAUGACCAAGUAGAGCCUAGUUUGGCUAUUCCAUUUUCUCAUAGCCUCACGCAUCAACAUGGUUCUGAUGUCAUAUGUAUGCCCUACACUAUCAGUCCACUCGAUGUUAUCAGCCGCACACGGUCCUCGUCCUUCACUCAGGCUACUACUGACGAAGAUGUGCGUUUCGAGCCACGGUUCAUUAAAACCAAUAUAGAAGCUGCCUACCCCGUCCUAAUACCGCUUUAUCUGGUUCAAUUUCCAAUGCUCCCACCGUUUGAGUCUUCCACGUUCGUCAUAGAGGCAUACAGUCGACCCGGCCGGUUUUUCAUCCAAAUUUCCCAUCCUCCUGACCUACCAGAAGAAGAUCGGUUUGACUUGGAAAAAUACAUUGGUUAUGACUUCUUGUUUUUAGGCGAUACUCCGUCAUCGCAUGCGGAGACCCGCGUUCUCGCUCCCAAAUACGAUAAAAACGCAUCUGCAGAUGUUGCAUCAUGGUUCGAUGGGUUAUUCAGCGAGCCUGGUGGUGCAGAGAAGCUGGUACAUCCGAACGGAGCAGCAGGUGUUAACGUGCAUAUGGAUGACCCUAGGGUGCGCGAGUGGACUACUGGAGAGGUCAACUCCAUUCGGGAAUGGAUGAAUCAGGGGCAAGCGAUCGUCCAGCUGAAAGAUGUGGUCAAGAGUCUUACUUCUAUCGAGGACCAGAUGCAAAGUGGCUCUGUGAAGGUGACCCAGUGGCCGCCACCUUCAGAUCCCAAGGAGGGAAUAGGAAGAGUCACUGCCGGAUUGGAGGCUUUUAUCAAGGCAGAGCUCGACAAGCUCCAAAAGCUAGAGAAGUCCCGUGCCGACUCGGCGCCGGAGUGGUGGCGACAAAGAGAGGAGAAACGAACACCAAACCAGAAGUGAACGUAGUAUUUCAGUGUUUUGUCGAUGUCCACCGUCAGCGUAUCAGUGCUUGAAUUUUUAUGGAGUCGUGAAUUACGGGGAGAUAAAAAUCGACUCUAUUGAUUUUAAAUAGUCAAGGCAUAGUAUCACGAUUCACGAUUAGCAUUUUUCAAAGGUCGUUGAUCCUCAAUAUUGUGGCCCAUAUGUAUCUGGACAUAUAUGUCUAUACAUCGACUGGCAGCACAUCCUAGUCACAGGUCAAUUUUAAUACCGCAUGUACAAAACACAGAGCUUCGAAUACUUCUUGGGCGCCGGGCCACUUGAGACUCG